AUGUCUUCUCGACGAGGUGUUGGCCUCGGGGCCUUCGCAAACAGAACUCAGGCAACUCAGUCUUUUGCGAGCCAUGGCGCAAACCUCCGCUCUACCCACCUUUCCUCUCUACAAACGCAAUUGUCCGUAUUCCAGUCAUUGCUCCACACCUUUGCCUUGGAGCAUAGUUCAACCAUCAAGUCGAAUCCCACAUUUCGCGCCGAGUUUGCGCGCAUGUGCAAUACAAUUGGAGUCGAUCCCCUCGCUGCAAGUAACAUAAAAGGGAAAAAUGGACGAAAAGCGCCAGGAGAGACCGGCAGUGUUUGGACCCAAAUCAUGGGUGGAGACAUGAACGACUUUUACUUCGAGGUUGCAGUUCGAGUGGUGGGACUUUGUCGGGAUACACGCAGUGAAAAUGGGGGUUUAAUUGGGGUGGAAGAGUGCCGCAAAAGAGUAGGAAAAGGGAAAGCUAUUGGAAGCGGCCUUGAAGUCACUGAUGACGAUGUGCUACGUGCUGUGAAAUCCCUCGAGCCCCUGGGCUCUGGCUUCUCUAUCAUCCGGGUUGGAAGCAAACAGUAUAUUCGGUCGAUCCCAAAAGAGCUCAAUACAGACCAGGCUACUGUCCUUGAGGUUAUACAGGUCCUUGGAUACGUGAGCGUCUCUAUGUUGAGAUUAAAUUUGAAGUGGGAGAAAGCCAGGGCCCAAACUGUUAUUGACGAUCUGCUAGCCGACGGAUUAGUUUGGCUGGAUGCUCAGGCUGACGAGGAUGAGUACUGGUCACCUCAAAACCUUCUCGAUGACAGUGGGUGA